GCCCGUCUGUCAAGGGUCCUGCUCUAGUUUCUUCCUCUUCCUCUUCUUCUUCCUCUUCUUACUCUUUCUCUCUCUUCCUCCCUCUUCUCCCCCCUCUCCACCAUUUCCCCCCCAUGGUUUGUUGAGGAAUUUCAUCUUCUCCUCUGUGCUUUGGAUCCCAUCCCCGGGCCCUCCCGUACUCCUCUUCCCUCCUCCACAUCCUCUCCGUCCUGCUUUUCUGUCCUCUUGUCUCACCUGUCGCCAAGCGGAUUUAAUUUCUUAUCCUCCUACUCUUUCGCCGCUCCUCCUCCUCAGCAUCUUCAGUUCCGUGUAAUUUUUUUCUAUUAUUGACAGAAGUCGAGCUGUGCUCCCUCGGUCGGCCAUCAUGUCCUCCCCCCAAUCUUCGACUAAACGCAAGCGCAGCGGUUCCCAACAUCUUUCCGCCAAUGCCGCCAUUCCAUCCCCUGCAGAACUUUUGCAACCCUCCUCUCGCGAUGCGUCCGGUGAGGAAGGUGACGAAUCCACAGGCUCCGCCAUUCCCUUGCCCAGCAAGCACAAGAAGCAAUCGUCUCUCGAUGUCACCUCUGCCGGCACCGUUCCGCCCACCAAACGGGCCCGCAAGGCGUCCACCAGUGAAGGCCACGUUCCAGCUUCCAAUGGCGAUCUUCCCGACGCACCAUCGGCCCUCAGCAAGGAGGAUCCGGGCGAGCCAUCAGAGACCACCGUGGCCAGCAGUGAUAUCGAGAGUCGGAGCAAGAGCCGGCCGGGCUUGCAGGUAGACACAUCGGAGCCGUUGAUGAGCCCUCCCGCGCGUGCUGGACUUCAGGACCCCGUCGGUUAUCACACCAACCCUCCGCCAACGGGACGGCCGGUGCGCGUGUAUGCGGACGGCGUGUUUGAUCUGUUCCAUGUGGGACACAUGCGACAGCUGGAACAGGCGAAGAAGGCGUUCCCUGACGUGCAUUUGAUCGUCGGAGUGACCGGAGACGAGGAAACACAUAAGCGCAAGGGACUGACGGUCCUGAGCGGUGCCGAGCGCGCAGAGAGCAUCCGUCAUUGCAGAUGGGUGGAUGAAGUGAUUCCCAAUUGCCCUUGGAUCGUGACGCCGGAAUUUAUCGAUGACCACCAGAUUGAUUACGUUGCGCAUGAUGAUUUACCAUAUGGUGCGGAUGAGGGAGAUGAUAUCUAUGCGCCGAUCAAGGCUCAAGGAAAGUUCUUGGCUACGCAGCGGACAGAGGGUGUGAGCACAACGGGAAUUAUUACCAGAAUUGUUCGCGACUACGACCAGUACAUUUCUCGACAGUUUAAGCGUGGUGCUUCACGACAGGAACUGAACGUGUCAUGGUUGAAGAAGAAUGAGCUGGAGAUCAAGCGUCACGUGAAUGAGCUCCGGGACAGCAUCCGGUCUAACUGGACUACGACAGGCCAAGAAUUGGGUCGGGAGCUGCGUCAGUUCUGGCAAAACAGCCGGCCCAACAGCCCGCUAUCGAGCGCGCGCAACAGCGUGGAUCUGGGCGGCUCGCGCAGCGGUGUCACCAGCCCUGUGCUGGGCAGCAAGGCGCAUGUUUCUCGGGUAGAGGCUCUGGGACGUCCGGAGAGCACAAUCGGCAACGGUCGGAACGAGCCGGACUUUGCAACGGGCUACAGUUUAGGAUUGAUUGGGGGUGUUCGCGCAUGGAUGCGCAGUCGCCGUUCUCUCGUGGGCAGCCGGGCACCAUCGCCCACCAGCGAGGAAGAGCACGAUUCCGAGGUGGAACGCAGCACGGAGGCAUUGCAGCAGCAGCUUCAACAGCAGGAGCAUGAGCAGCAUCACGGUUGAUUGUUUGAUUGAUCAUCUACGAUAAUUUUCAUCGGACCCCAGACUGGUGAAGAGGUCUGUGUUCUGACUUGUUGCAACGAUCGAUGUAAGUUAAGCGAGGACUUUAUUUUCAUUAGCUCACGGUAGCGUUGGAAAAAAAAAAAAAAGAAAGAAAAGGAAUAGAUGUUAUAUUUUAUAUUUCUUUUUUCCUUUCUGACCGAGUUAAUGAGUAAUGAUUGUCUGAAUUGGUAUGUUAAAUGGGAAGUUGGGAUGGAUUGGUGGUUAUUGUUGGUUGAUUGGUUGAUUGGUUGGUUGGGUUUUUUGGUAAAUUGCAUAUUUUUUUUUUCAAUUCUUAUUCAGGGCAUGAGAUGGAUGGAUGGAUGGAUGGUAAUGUACAGCUAGAUUGAUUGAUAGAAGGGCUAAUUCAUUCAUGGAUAUGGGAAAGUGGUAGUAGUAGC